AUGGAAGCUUUUUCUAGACUUUUGCAGCUUAAUGUGGACUCCGGUUGUCUUUCAGGGAUUAGAAUUAAUCAUCACUGCCCUUCAAUUAAUCAUCUGUUCUUUGCGGAUGAUUGUUUGUUAUUUUUGGAAGCUGAUUCUACUCAAAUGCAGCAGCUUCAACACUUGUUUCAUAUAUUUGGACAAGCUUCAGGUCAGGUGAUAAAUAUGCAGAAAUCAACCUUAUUUUUUGGCAAGCACACUUCUAAUGCUCAUAAGUCUAAUAUCACUGGUAUUCUUGGUAUGAAAGUUAUGGGACUUGGCGAAAAAUACUUGGUUAUGGGACUUGGCAAAAAAUACUUGGGUAUACCUCUUCUGCUGCAUAGAUCCAGACAUAAGAACUGUCAGGGGGUUAUUGAUAACAUGAAUAAUAGAUUGCAGGGCUGGCAGAGCAAAAUUGUGAAUCAAGCAGGAAGAACUACUCAGGUUUUCAAACUACCUGAAGCAACUCUUCAACAAAUGGAAAGAAUUCAGAGAAGCUAUUGGUGGAACAGUUACAUCAAGCCACGUUCUCAAAAGUACAUCUCUUGGAGAAAG